AUGAUGUCAGAUCUUGAAGAAAGAGAGCGAGCCGCUUUUGCUUCUGACCCCACCGUAAAGGUUCGAGAUGAAGAAGAGAGGAUUGCUAGGAAACUCAAAGAAGAGAUUGCUAGAAUUUGCGCAAUGCAUGCAAAUAAAGCAGCAUUCACGAAAUCAACUUUGAAGAAAGAGACACCGCUAGGGGGAAAGGAGAGCAUGGAUAGUGGGGGGAGUGCAUUAGAUAAGGAGAAGAUGCUUAAGUUUGGUGUGGUUGAAGAUGUAUUGAUCAGGAGUUCUAAGAAGAAAGGUUCUGCUCUGAUUGUGAUGGCAUCUAAAGAUGCAGCUGUUGUUGCCACUGGGAGUGUGAUUUGGGGUGUCUCAAAUCCUCUACUUGUCAAGCCUCUUCAACAAGCUGUUACUCCUGUGUUUCCGCAUGGCGAGACAUCAGUUCAAAAUGAUCGUCCAAAGGGAAAUUUGUUUGGUGCUGGAAAUCAGACGUUUGAAAGAUUCAGUUUUGAAGAAGCUCCAAAAGGCUGCUGA